AUGUCACAAGAUUCACAAUCUGAUCAAUUAAAUGAUCAACAACAACAAGAAGAAGAAUAUAAUGAAGAGGAAGAAGAAGAAGAAGAAGAAUUUAAUGAAGAAGAAGAAGAAAUUAAAAAAACACUUGAUGAUGAAUUAUUAGAUAGUGCUAUUAAUAGAGAUUUUAAUAGAUUAAAAUUAUUAUUAAUAGAAAAAGGAGCCAAUGCAUUCUAUAAUAAAAGAAUAGAAGGAGUAUGGGGAGCCUAUGAAGAAUAUGGAGUAAUACAUAAAGUAUUGCUUGGAUGGGAUGAUAUGAAAGAACAAAUGCAAGCAAUAGAAUUAUUAUUAAGUAAAGGUGCAAAUGUAAAUGCUAUAUAUGGUAGUAAUUUUAUAUUUAAAGAUGUUUUACAAAUUGAUUUUAAAUUUAAAUAA